UGGCAGCUGGCCAAAAUGGGCAGAGUCUCCAUUUUGUUUGGAAAAACUCAGCUUGUGGAGCUGAAAAUGGUGCAGCUGUCUCCUUCCCCAACCCUGGAUUGUUCCCCUUUACCUCAAAGCUCAGAGGAGGGGGAGGAAGGACAGGAGGACCUGCUGAUGGCUGAUAGACUGAAGGUGGGCUCGCCUGGCAGUCUGAGCACCCUGCAGCUCGGCCUGGAGGCCUCCACCAUCUACCAUGGCUAUGAUGCCUAUAUAGAAGAUGGUCUCAUCUGCUUAAAGCACAAAGUUCGUAAUUUGGAGAAAAAAAAGCUGAAACUGGAAGACUACAAGAAGAGGCUGGACUGGGGCGAGGGACUCAACAAGGAUCAGAUGGCAGCUGUGGAAAAGUACGAGGAGGUGCUGCAUAACCUGGCAUUCGCACGGGAGCUCCAUACAACUCUGGAUGUCUUGACACAGAAUUUACUGAAAGCCCAGAAGAAGGUAGUGAAGAAGGAACAGGUGAUGAAAGUGGAGACUGAGAGGAGGCGUCUGAGCACCGUGCUGCAGGUCCAGCACCUCCUCCACAGCUUGCAGCAGGAGCACAUCAGGAGAGAGCUGCUGGCUGGAAGCAACCAGGCGCCCCUCAUCGCUAGCCAACAGCUGCAUGGCCUGAGUCAACUUGCCUCCCUGCUGGGAGUCAACAGGGAUUACAGACUGAGUUUAGCAGAGCAGAUGGAGCAAGCAGCUCUGGCCUACUUGGACCUGCUAGAGGGGAAGGACAAGCCAGUGGUUGGUUCCACAUUUAAGCUGUUCAAAGAAGAGAUCAGCAGGCUGUUGAAUUGCAAGUACUUCAGUUGUCUUCCACCUCCACCCAACAAAUCUUCAGAGGUGAUAAGGUCCAACAGCAACAGCACCUCAAAGUCAAAACCAAAUGAAGUUUCUACAGAGACUCCUCCCGCUCAGAAGUGGGAUAGGGACUUCCAGAGCACAAGGGAGCGGGAGCCUCCUGACUCCUGGGACAUGGAGUUCUCAGAUGGACCUGCCUCACCCCAAGCUGCAGUACACAAACCAUGGAGAGGAGCUGCCACUUUUAUCCCCAAAGUCCCAGUCGCCACCAAAAAACAAUACACUGACCUCAAACAGAGAAAAGAGAGGAGGGCCAAAGGAGAGCAACAUGCCAAGUUGGCAGUUUACAUGGAUAUGCCUGUGGAGGUUUUCAACUCUCCAUGUGCCUUACCCAAAGACCCUGUCCUGAGGAAGCAGCACCUAGAAGACCUUAUGACCGAGAUCCAUGGCUCCUUCAGUUUUAUGCAGGACUCUCUUCUGGAUGGUGAGAUCUCCCCCACUAAUGGCCACGCCAAACUAAAGAGACGGCCGUCUGGAUCUCCGAUUUCUUCUGGUAACUUGGAACAAGUCAACAAGCUUUGUGACGCAGAUUUAAGAAGCCCAGAUGUCCUGCCCAAAGCAACGCAUUCCACACCGCUGUCUGCCAUGUGCGUGGAACGUAAAGACAGUCUGACAAAUGGGGAUCAGUCCCUGGAAACUUGUGACCUGAAGCUUUCUUCAAACAACCUGGCUCAUGAGCCACUGCAGUUGGCCGAAAGAGAAAUGUUUCCUUCGCCACCUCUGUACCGCAGGCAGUCGAUCAUCUCUGCCAGUCAGGAGAAGAGCCAUCCCUGUACACCAGUAUCUGCAUCCAGAAAGCAUUCCCCCUGUAAUGGGAUGGAAUCUUGCACCACCUCCACCCCCAAGGAGCGUGCUUUCUCUACACCACCCACCAGGCGAAAUCUGACAUCAGCACAGUUUCAGAACAUACAGUCAGUCUUCAAGAUGAAAGCCCCCUUACCUCAGAAAGGGGAAAUAAAAUACAAACCGGAUUCUGAGGUUUUCAUUGAGCCCAGGUACAGCACUGCUAGUACCCAAACACCACCUGAGUUUGCUCCUUCUGAAGAUGAACCACAGCCUGUUUACCAGUCAGAUAAUAUGAUGGGUAACGGUGGACAAAUAUUGCUGUCCCCUGGCCAGUCAAGUGGAGGCAGGGGUCGUUCUGGCCAGUCAUACUACACCAGGGGAUCUUUGAGAGGUAUGGCACGUGGUGGCAAAGGACUGGCACAAACAUUUCGCUCUCCUGGUUGGCAUCAAGGUGGAACCUACAUUCCCCAGGCUCAUCUAAGGGACUCUGGCCCGAUCCUCUACACUACUAGAGACUCUGGAUAUCAACACAGCUACAGACAUGGCCGAGGGAGACAUAACUCAAGUGCAGCCUGGAGUGACUCUUCCCAGGUGAGCACCCCAGAUCGUGAGGGAGUGUUUACAAUUGUAGACUCAGGUCAUGGAGACUCCCUUUCGGUCUCCACCGUGGAGGUCCCUCUAACUCCUCAUGCCCACCAACACCCCCUGCUGCCCAUGCAACUCUACCCGCUCACCCAACCACUGCGAGUGGCCUUCAACGCAACUCGCACUGCCAACUUCGCCCCAGGCAACCUGGACCAGCCCAUUGUGUUCGACCAGCUGCACAGCAACUUGGGUGAGAUGUACGACUCUCACAUUGGCCGCUUUACCUGCCCCGUCAAUGGAACAUACGUCUUCAUCUUCCACAUCCUGAAGCUAGCCAUCAACGUCCCCCUCUACAUUAACCUCAUGUGCAAUGAAGAAGUAAUGGUGUCGGCGUACGCCAACGAUGGAGCACCAGAUCAUGAGACAGCCAGCAACCAUGCCAUCCUGCCUCUUUUCCAAGGGGAUCAGGUGUGGCUUCGGUUGCAUCGUGGUGCCAUCUAUGGCAGUACCUGGAAGUACAGCACCUUCUCUGGCUUCUUGCUGUACCAGGAUUGAAAGAAGAGCUCUGGUUGUUUGAUAAAAGUUCAGUGUGUGAACUGUUUGCCUUGUACUAAAAGGUGAUUAAACUGGCAUUUUUUCCCAGCAUAAAGCCAUUCAUGACACGACGUGCAUUAGUGGCAAAAUGGUAUGAUCCAUGCUCACAACCAUUAUCUAUAUGUGAAAUGAUGAUUGUGGCUACUUGAAAUAAACAAAAUUAAAUUAUAAAUAAAUAAAUAAAAUAAAUAAACAAAAUUCUCAUCAAUGCAUUGCUCAUGAUGGUGGUGCUCUCUGUGGCUAACAGUAGUACAACUAAUAGCAUGUCAUUUUGCUGUAUAUCAACCUGGAGCAUAUCACCUGCUCAGCCCAAAGUUCACUAAUUUCGGUGAGAACUCUGAUGCACUGUUAUGAAUGUGUGCCUUUGUUUCCUAAGUGUCUUUGGAUGACUGUCCAGAUGUUAAAUAGCUAAUGAGCUGUAUCACUGACUUAAUUAUGACUGACUCCUAUCAGCACGUCACUUGUUGCUGGACUCCUAUGCAUUCAUUCUCGCCUUUCUUUAUGUGACAGACUGUGGAUGGAAAGAUGAUGUUCUUGGUGGUGGGUAUGGUGUUGAACACUUUUUUUUCCAAAUUGUUGCACUGACCAACUACUUUGAAGAGAUGAAAGUGGUUCCUUGAUGUGCUUGAAUAAAAGAUAAGCAGAGACA